UUUCUUGAUAGUGAGUGUAAGAGUCACGGGAGGUGGCAACCAGACGACCCAGCGAGGAGAGUGUGUGGUAGAGGAGUCGACUUUACAGUUAGACGAGCAGGUGUGUGUGUGUGGUGUAGCAGUAAAGGGGUUUUCAUGGUGACACUCAAGCGUUGUGUGGCCCACCAGUGCCUCUAACCACCACCACCACCACACUACCACCACCAACCAAGAUGGUGGAGGAAGAAGUGUGUUGACCACCACCAUCACCCACACGAGCUCCGAGUCACAGCUCUUAACGUUGUGUGUUAAGCCAAGGUCCUGUGGCCCAGAUGAGAUAAGCUGCGGUACCUGGCCGCCACAAGCCCGGGCCAACACUCCUCCACAAAAACAAGUCUUGCGCAAAACGGACACACAAACGGACCUCUGAACUGUUCCUUGGAGUGAAAAGUGUACGAGGGAUACCAAGGAGGAGAAGAAAGAAUUAGACUAUUGUUACGUGUGUGUGUGAGGGCACUACUCGGCCACACACCUCCACUAUGGACACAAAAACUAGUGAAGGUGUGGUGAUGGUGGCUGUCGGCGGCGCUGAAGGUGUGGCGGCUUGGGUGACGGCCGUGGCUAUAACGCUGGUGCUGGUGAUCGUGUUCCUGGUGUCUUCCGUCCUCAACACCAUCUUCCUCGUCAUCUUCUUCAGGAGAUCUUCACUACGUAGCAUCUCCAACAGGUUCAUCGUGAGCCUGACGGUGUGUAACCUGCUGGCGUCAUGGCUCCUGCUGCCGCUGGUGAUCGCCGACACCUUCCUACCCAACUGGGAGUCGGCGUCACUGUGUCGUGCCAUAGACGCCGUGUCGGAGUUAGUGGCGUCGGCUUCGGUGUUCGCCACGCUGCUGAUCGCCGUGGACCGGUUCUGCGCCAUCACUGAUCCUCUCCAUUACCACAUGUUGGUCACCAGACCCAAGAGCGUAGCCAUGAUCGCCUCGGGAUGGAUCGCCGCUGCUCUCAUAGCUGCUGCCGCUGGUCUGGGCGACAUGUCUAACCGAGCAUGGAACGUGUGUGGGGCGGCAACGGCGGCGACAGAAGCAUUGACGGAGACAACGCCAGAGUUCUGGUCAUACCGUUCCUACUUCGUGGUCAUCAACAUGGCGGUGUCGUUCAUGGUUCCCAUGAUACUGCUCAUCUGGAUCUAUAUCCGGAUCUACCACGCGGCCCACAAGAACAGUGAGAGAACCCGCCGCAACUCCCUGUGUGGCGCCACCCUCGACGCUGUCACCCCCUCCCGGGCCCCCUCCAGGACGCCGUCGACACGCUCCACCUCCUCCCAGAUCGUCACGACACUUCGAUACCGGAUCAGCAACGCCUCCCUCUUCCUACACAAGGAGGAGUCGAGGGCCGCCAAGAUCUCUGUGGUGGUGAUCGUGUUGUUCUUUAUCUGCUGGCUGCCUUACUACUCCGCCACCCUACUACACACAAGCCUUCUGCAGGUGUGGGUGCCAGGUGUGGUACACAGUGUGGUGUUGGUCCUGGCCCUCAGCAACUCGGCCCUCUCCCCCUACCUGUACCUCUACCGCUCCCGCAGGAUACAGCGUGAGGUCCGCCGUCUGUUUGGCCUUCCACUUAGCUCCACCAAGUCCAGCAUAGGUGGCGGAGGCUCCAGUAGGCGUCGCCAAUACCUGCGACACCAGCUGGAGAUCAUCCCACCUUCACCCACCGUCCCAGAUGCUAACUUUGAGGCCGGGAUGAACCCUUACCUGGUCAUGUGUAAGGGCGGCGGCCAGCGAGGGUCCCGGGCCUCGCCCCUCACCGCUAUACUUAAUAAGCUUUUUCGUGCGAAAGGAUUCGCUUGGGACCCUUGGCGCGACUCCUUCACCUCAACUACCUCCUCCUCCACCACCACCACCUCUUCCUCCACAUCAUCCUCCUCCUCCAACAGCUCAGGUUCCUCUACUGCCACGGGAGCCACAGACGGGUCAGCAGCCACUGAGAGCGAGAGCAUGUUACCGCGCCUGGCUCUGGCGAAGACAGACUCAUGACGGGGUGCGUUCACCGUCCAGGCGUCACUACACCCACCGCCCACCCGCCCACACCC